AGCUGGGAGGAAUUAGCAUUAUAACUGAGCCCAGAGGGUGGCCCAGGGGAACCUACAUGAGACGACCCCCUCCCCCUGCCAAAGUCCCCCUUCUGGGGGUUGAGGGGCAGCCCAUUUAGAAUGUUCACCUAGAGGAAGUGGAGUCAGGUUCUAAGUUUGGAACAGCUGAGAGAUCCCAGUGAGUGCUGUGUAUGUGUCUGUCUGUACGCAUAUGUAUCCUUGAAUGCACAUACAUAUAUUCAAAACAUCUGUAUAUAAUAUACAUUUACAUUUAUUUUGACAUAAGCAAUCAUACAUCCCUUAAUGAUGUACUAUUAACUGAUUUCACUGUUAUGCAAGCAUCAGAGUGUACUUACACAAACCUAGAUAAUGUAGCCUAUUACACACCUGGGUUAUAUGAUAUAAACUAUUGUUGUACCAUAGUGCAGUCCAUCACUGACCAGUAUGUCAUGUGGCGCAUGACUGUAUGUCACCCAACUCCUGCCAUUAUUUUAUAGAUUAAUGAAGACCAGGUGUAAAACAUGAAUCACCUCUGUGGAGUGUGGAAGGUACAUGGUAAAUGGUCACUAUUAUAAUUAGCUUAUAAUUGACAUGAUGGCUUGGUGGCAUGAGAUGGGAGAAUGUAGAUGGGAAAAGACUGGGCACUGAGGAUUUAAGCAGGGAUGGGCAUGAUGAAAGUAUCACUCAUCAUGUAUAAUUCAACAGCUUUACCUCUAAGGUUCCCACCAAUCUUCUCUACUUCCUCUGGAGACUUGAUUUCCUCCUCUGACUGGAUCAUUGGGCCAGACUACAGAGAGGUCCUUGGUGGUCAGUUUGAUAAAUUCUUAUUUUCACUCCUCCAGUUCAGUCUCAUGUCUUCCUCUUAUAGACUAGUUAUAGAUAGUUUUUCUCAUACAAACCUCAUCUUCUCUUUUCCCUUAUUCUCUACCCAUAAGCCUCCCCAAAAUCUUCAGUUCUGCUUAAGAGGGACAUCACCACUAUGGCCUCAGCAAUACCCCUGGAAAUGAUGUGGGAAGAGGUCACAUGCGCUAUCUGCCUCGAUCCCAUGGUGGAUCCUGUGAACAUCGAAUGUGGCCACAGCUUCUGCCAAGAAUGCAUCUCUCGGGUUGGGAAAGACGGAGGCAGUGUCUGUCCUGUGUGCCGGCGGCACUUUAUGCUCAGGCACCUCAGGCCCAACCGGCAGCUAGCCAACAUGGUGGAAAACCUUCGACGAAUAGGCCAGGAUGCCAAGAAAGACACACAGGGAGCGCGCUGUGCUGUGCAUGGAGAGAAACUUCACCUGUUCUGUGAGAAAGAUGGGCAGGCCCUUUGCUGGGUGUGUGCCCAAUCCAAGAAACACCGUGACCACACCAUGGUCCCUAUUGAGGAGGCUGCUCAGGAAUAUCAGGAGAAGCUCCAAAAGGCAUUAGAGAAACUGAGAAAAAAGCAGGAGUUGACCGAGAAGUUGGAAGUGGAUCUUGCAAUGAAGAGAGCAGACUGGAAGAGGCAGGUUGAGACACACAAAUCAAGGAUUCAUGCAGAGUUUAUGCAGCAGAAAAUCUUUCUGGAUGAAGAAGAACAGAGGCAGAUGCAGAAGCUGGAGAAGGAUGAGAUGGAACAACUUAGAAUCCUGGGGGAGACGGAAGCUGAACUGGCCCGGCAAAGCCAGGCCCUGCAAGAGCUGAUCUCGGAGCUGGAGUGGAAGAGUCGGGGCUCAGCACUGGAGCUCCUGCAGGAGGUGAAAGUUGUCCUGGAAAGGAGUGAGUCCUGGAACCUGAAGAAGCUGGACAUUGACUCCCCAGACCUAAGAAGUAUCUGUCACGUGCCAGGACUAAAGAAAAUGCUGAGGACCUAUGGAGUAUACAUCACUCUGGAUCAAGACACAGCCAAUCCAUGGCUCAUCCUUUCAGAGGAUAGGAGACGAGUGAGACUUGGAAACACCCGACAGGAUGUACCAGAAAAUGAAGAGAGAUUUGAUAAUUACCCUAUAGUCCUCGGUGCCCAGAGCUUCAACUCUGGAAAACACUACUGGGAGGUAAAUGUGACAGGAAAGGAGGCCUGGGACCUGGGGGUCUGCAAAAACUCUGUACGGAGGAAGGGGCAAUUUUUGGUCAAUACUGAGAAUGGUUUCUGGACAAUUUGGUUGUGGAACAAAGAAAAGUAUGAGGCUGGCACUUGUCCCCAGACUCCCCUCCAUCUUCAGGUGCCUCCGUGCCAAGUUGGGAUUUUUUUGAAUUAUGAGGAUGGCAUCGUCUCCUUCUAUAACAUCACUGAUCAUGGCUCCCUCAUCUACACCUUCUCUGAAUGUGCCUUCACGGAACCCCUGCGGCCCUUCUUCAACCCUGGUUUCAAUGAUGGAGGAGGAAAUGCAGGCCCUCUGGCCCUCUGUCCACUGAAAACGGGAUGGUCAAAAUCGGGUGUCCCUUCUCAGCCAUGAACCCUGCCUUUAUCCCAUGAACUCUGAACUAUCUUGUCUCUGCAUAGGUGGCAGGGUCUCGGCAAGCAGGCUUUAGCAGGGAGAUCACUGAAAGCCAGAUGACCUUCAAUAUCAAUAUCCCUGCCCUAGAUUCCUUUAGGAUGCCCUCAAGUGAAGGCAGUUCCUCAUAUCUGACUCAAAACUCGACCAAAAACCAUGUUUCUGCCUCCUUUAUGUGACUUGUAUAACAAUAUCUAUCUCUAGGCUAUUACCUUUGGCCUGUCUUUUUCAUGGUUUGGAAAAGGGCUUCCUAACUACAUUGUGCUUUCAGUCUCCAAUUUACUCAUUGUUCCUUAAACCCCAAAUAUUGAGGUUCCCUACUGUGCUGGGGAUUGAACCUGGGACCUAAUGCAUGCUAGGCAAGCACUCUACCACUGAGCCACAAUCCACAGACUUAAACCCCAAAUACUUGAACAGUUCUAAACAUAAUUAAUGUUGGUGGGUUUUGGGGUUUUUUUAGCAUUGUACAAGGUUUGUGGAUUUUUGUUUUUGUUUUUUGUUUUUUAAUACAGCCCUUGCUGCUCUGCCAUUGCAACUUAUUUUUUAAAUGGACCUUUCUUUCUCUUCUCUCCCUGCUCCUCCCUAGUCUUGGGGAAGCAGGAUUACCUUUCUUCCCCAUUGUAACCAGAUUUAUCUGUCCUUGAGUACACACCCACCUUAGGAACAAAGUAACCCAAACUUUGGGGAUGGUACCACAAAAUCAGAAAUGACUGUCUCCCAAAUAAGUAAGUUGCAACUCUGACAGAACACAGGGAAUGUGGUUUCUGAAUCACCUCUUUAAAAGCCCCCUUGUUCCUGCUGAUGGGCAGAAUCACUGCCUUUGGGACAGGAGUCCCCUGUGUAUCUCCUUUGCUCAAAACUUUGUCCUUGUUAUUGAAUUGCCAUGGGGGACAAGAACUGAGCUUUCAGCAAAAACACCUUCUGUCCAUGUUCUCAUAUUUUUACUAGUGAUAACAUCAAAGUUCCUGGAACACUGUUCAUAUAGUCCAGCCUGGAACAACCCCCUAUUAUGAUUUGGAUAGGGGGUAUUCCCCCAAAAGUUCAUGUCAUCCAAUGCAGCCAUGUUCAGGGGUAAAAUGAUUAUGAGAGCUAUGACCCAAUCAGUGACUGAUUCAUUAAAUGUAUUAACAGUUUGAAAGGAUUGCUGUACUAGAUGUAACUACAGGCAGGUGGGAUGUGGCUGGAGGCAAUAGGUCACAGUAAGCCCUUGGAGAUUAUCUCUUCACCCUGGCUCUUUGCUUUAUCUGGGUUGUGGGGUUUUUUUGUUGCUUUUAUUUUUUAUGGUUGCCACUACCAUAUGAUGAGCUGCUUUCCUCUACCCCACCCUUCUACCAUGAUGGUCUGCCUUACUUUAGGCCCAAAGAAAUGGAGUUAAUCGGCCUUGGAUUGAACUUCUGAAACUGAACCCAAAUAAACGUUUCCUCCUCUAAGUUGUUCUUGUCAGGUAUUUUUGUCACAGGAAUAAAAAGCUGAUGAACAUG